AUGCGUGUAGCCGACAUGUUUGUUGAGGGCAGCAGAGACAAGGUAUCUGCAACCGGAAAAACUUCACACCCCAGUCUAGGGAUGGAUGACUACCCGUAUCCCGUCGUCUUUCUGCCCCCUUACGAGAAUCCACCAGCAUGGAUUCCCCCGCAGGAGAGAGUUUACAACCCCGAUUAUAACAAUGAACUGACACAUUUUCUCCCUCGGACUAUUCUUCUGAAGAAGCCAUCUGGAGCGCAGCUCGGAUUUAAUAUUCGUGGGGGAAAGGCGUCACAGCUUGGGAUUUUUAUCUCUAAGGUGAUUCCAGACUCGGAUGCUCAUAAGGCUGGUCUGCAGGAGGGAGACCAGGUGCUGACAGUGAACAAUGUGGAUUUCCAGGACAUUGAGCAUAGCAAGGCUGUGGAAAUCCUGAAAACAGCAAGAGAAAUCUUCAUGCAAGUUCGAUACUUUCCAUACAGUCAAGAAGCAGCUCCUAGAGGUUGUCAGUCUGCAUGGCUGAAUGAGCAGACGUGUCUCGUGGAUCUCCGCGUCUAAAAUCCUGAUUAUAUCCCUAAAAACUGGGCGCAACUAUAAAACUCGGGUAACGGAAGACUACUGCGUACCCCCGGCCAAUAAUGGGAGGCUCAAAGACACAAAAAUCUAGAUCUAGAAGCUGGAACAGUAUGCAUGGCAGCCGGCCCAAAAUGGCGACGCAUCUCCCCCCAGAGAGGAGGCCGCAGCGCCACAACCACCUAUCCAGGAACCGGCAGUGCAACUGUUACUGACCGCAAUACAAGAGUCCUGAGCCGCACUCGACCCAAAUAGAGGAGGUCGAGACGGACCUGUCGCUCCUGAGGGCUGACUUACACACACUGUGGGAGAGAACCGCUGAUAUAAAGGGCCCUGUCUCCACGCUAGAAGACAUGUGUAAUCCCCACACGGCUCAAAUACAACAGCUCCAAGCCCAAAGCAAUGCAUUUGAGGCCAAGCUUGAUGACUAAGGAAAUAGCCAGUGUAGAAAUAAUUUGCGCAUCGUGGGCCUACCGUAGCAGGCCGAGGGCAACAACCCAACCCUAUUUGCAGAACAAUGGCUCCAACAAAAGCUACUAGAAGCUCGAUUCUCCCCGCAGUUUGUCAUAGAAAGGGUACACCGUGUACCAACCCGGAACCCUGGUCCAGGAGCUCUCCCUACUGAAUUUUAGAGACAGAGGUGCUAUAUAUAUUUUUUCUAUAUAUUUAUAGAAAAAAUAAAAACUGACACAGCACUCCAAAUUUUGUAUGCAAAGAAGGAUAUAUAUUGUAGAAAAACAUACCCAAGCCCAAAGGGCGACGUUUUGGGGUAUACAAACCCCUUUCCCAAGCCAAGGGCAUCAUUCAAUUAACAAGCAUUAGUUUACACCUAUUUAUACAAGGUAUAACGACGAAACGUCGCCCUUUUUGCAUACAAAAUUUGGAGUGCUGUG